UGAGUUCCGGACCGCAGCCCUCCGUCCUGCCGCGUCUCGUCCGGGAGUGUGACGGCCCUCAAACCGGCAUCUGGGUGGACUGGGCGGACCAAGCAGAGCCAGAGUUCGCCGGUCUGGCAGGUGAAGGGCUUGGGUCUGGGCACGGCGGCGUCGCAGCGCUGCAGGCGGCCAGGAGGGUCGCGGAACCCUUGGAGCCCGUGACUCGCUCUUGCGCCGCCCUCAAACGCGAUGAAGGCACUGAUCUUGGUGGGCGGCUAUGGGACGCGGCUCCGGCCCUUGACGCUGAGCAUCCCGAAGCCACUGGUGGACUUCUGCAAUAAGCCCAUUUUGCUGCACCAAGUGGAGGCGCUGGCCGCGGCAGGUGUGGACCACGUGAUUCUGGCAGUGAGCUACAUGUCUCAGGUGCUGGAGAAGGAAAUGAAGGCGCAGGAGCAAAGGCUGGGAAUCCGAAUCUCCAUGUCCCAUGAAGAGGAGCCCUUGGGGACAGCUGGGCCCCUGGCCCUGGCCCGUGACCUGCUCUCAGAGACUGAGGAGCCGUUCUUCGUCCUCAACAGUGAUGUGAUUUGCGACUUCCCCUUCCAAGCUAUGGUGCAGUUCCACCGGCACCAUGGUCAGGAGGGCUCCAUCUUGGUGACCAAAGUGGAAGAACCUUCUAAGUAUGGUGUGGUGGUGUGUGAGGCCGAUACGGGCCGUAUUCACCGGUUCGUGGAGAAGCCCCAGGUGUUUGUGUCCAACAAGAUCAAUGCGGGCAUGUACAUCCUGAGCCCUGCAGUGCUGCAGCGCAUCCAGCUGCGGCCCACAUCCAUUGAGAAGGAGGUCUUCCCUGUCAUGGCCAAGGAGGGGCAGCUGUAUGCCAUGGAGCUGCAGGGCUUCUGGAUGGAUAUUGGGCAGCCCAAGGAUUUCCUCACUGGCAUGUGCCUCUUUCUCCAGUCACUCCGACAGAAGCAACCUGAGCAGCUAUGUUCAGGCCCUGGCAUUGUGGGCAACGUGUUGGUGGACCCAAGUGCCCGUAUUGGCCAAAACUGUAGCAUCGGCCCCAACGUGAGUCUGGGUCCUGGCGUGGUGGUAGAGGACGGCGUGUGUAUCCGGCGGUGCACAGUGCUGCGGGAUGCCCACAUCCGCUCUCACUCCUGGCUUGAGUCUUGCAUUGUGGGCUGGCGCUGCCGCGUGGGCCAGUGGGUGCGCAUGGAGAACGUGACAGUGCUGGGUGAGGAUGUCAUAGUUAAUGAUGAACUCUACCUCAAUGGGGCCAGCGUGCUGCCCCACAAGUCCAUUGGCGAGUCGGUGCCGGAACCUCGCAUCAUCAUGUAACGGCCUUGGGGCUGAGCCUCCCUUUCUCCAUCGACAAGUGGAGCACUGGCCUGAGACCUCCGAAAGCCCCGGACUCACUGCCAUUUGAGGGGGCUGAAGCUGCUGGACACCUGCCUUCUCCUGGGGACAUAAUCCGGCAGGAUCCUUGCUGGGUGUGCCCCUCUAAAGCCUACUCCCUCAAGAAGGGGCAGGCCAGGGCUGUAUGGAAUAAUAAUUUAAUGUUCACUGUG